AACCACAUUACCAGUGAAGUGGACGCGAAGAAACGAACCUCCUCAUACAUAACAGAAUUCACCCCACAUAUUACAUGCACCCUCAAUACACACUUACUUCCUAAAUAUUACUCUCUCUUUCAAUUUAAAUCUUUUUUUGAUUAAUUUUGUCCAUUGUUGACUGGAAUUACAAUCGAAGCUGUAGUAGGAUUGAGUUUAGGAUGAAAGGCGGAGGAGCGACGACGGCAAAUAAGGCGGAGAUCGACACGAGCGCCCCUUUCCGGUCGGUUAAAGAGGCGGUGAUGUUGUUCGGGGAGAGAGUUCUUGCUACUGAGGUUUAUGCUAACAAGCUCAAAGAGUUGCAGGAAGGGGGUGGGGAGGGAGCAAUGGCGUCGGAGUUGGAGGAGACGAAGCAAAGCCUCCAAAAGGCACGGCAAGAGAGUGAACACAUGGCCCAAUACCUCGCCUCUCUACAACAGGAGCUCCACCAAACCAAAAAAGAGCUCCAAAAUCUCAAAAUGACGACGGAAGAUGUCGAAUUCCAAAGGAGGAAAUGCGUCACGUUUGCAAAUCCUCCCUUGGUGGCCCAAGUAAUGCCGCCGCCGCCGCCACAGGCAGUGUUCCAGAGACACCCCUCUCUUAAGAAGAAAAAGAUUAAGGCAUUCAUCGGAGGAAUCUUUUCCAAGAAGAAGGGAAGCUCUGAGAUCGCUUUUGCAUGAAUAUAUUAACUACCUUUAAUAAUGGUCGCCGUUACACGACAGUUUUCUCGUAUCUAGCUAGGAUGUUGCCACUUUUUUUUUUUUUCAAUAUAUUAUACUCUAAAUUGGUCUGCGAGUAAGUUGACAAGUUGCUCGGUUUGAGUAUUGUCUAUUGAAGGUACAAAUAAUUAAGCUGCAUAAUUAAUAUAGAGAAAUUAAUUAGA